AUGUCAACAGAACAGGUCCGCGUUCUCGUGACCGGUGGCUGCGGCUUCUUGGGUACCGAAAUUGUGUCUGCGCUGCUAGCUACAAAGCGCUAUGCAAUCACCGCCAUUGACAUCAACCCCCCGGCUCUCGGCACUUCGACCUUCACGCAAUCUGUACGGUAUGUGCGGGCUAACAUCAUGGAUCGGGAGGCACUCCACAAGGUCUUUGACGAGGCAAGGCCGGCUAUGGUGGUGCAUACAGUAGGUGUGUACCGUUUAGGGACUGCGCGGUACUCGACGAAGAACAAGGAGGGCGAAUUCACGAUCAACGUCGAUGGGACUCGGAACGUGCUCGAAGCGAGCAGGGAGUGCGGUGCAAAAGGGCUGGUUUACACGAGUAGUGUGACCGUGCUGCUUGAUGAAUUGGGCAAGGACUUUAGAAACGUGGAUGAAGAAUGGCCUACUGGGAGGGCGAAAACGACUUACGGGCAGAGCAAGACAACAGCCGAAACCUUCGUCCUCUCAGCAAACACCGCAGACAACUCUUUCGCAACCUGCUCUCUCCGCUCAGCCCCGAUCUUCGGUCCCAACGACCCCACCGUCAUACCCACAAUGCACGCCUGCAUAGCCGCCUACCAAACCCCCUUCAUCCUCGGCACCUCGGCCACAAACCUGCAGGACUACGUCUACGUAACCAACGUCGCAGACGCUCACGUGCUCGCCGUCGCCAACCUCUUGAACUCGCAGACUGCGGCUGGUGAAGCCUUCUUCAUCACCAACGGCGCGCCGGUCCCGCUGCGUGAUAUGUGUCGUGGCAUCUGGCGCGAGUUUGGCCAUGUUCCGCCGUUUGAGGUUAACGUCCCUGAACGCCUGGCGUGGUGGAUGGGACUUGCUGCUGAGAUGAUUGGGUGGGUGACGGGUGUGGAGGGUAGUUUGAGUAGAGGGGCUGUGGAUGAUGCGUGUCGAGAUCGGUAUGUGAGUAUUCACAAGGCGAUGAGGGUCUUGGGGUAUAGACCGAAAGUGGGAUUGGAUGAGGGGAUAAGGAUGAGCUGUGAGUGGUACAAGGGGGUUGUAGGGCGGAGGACGGUAAAGAAAUAUAACGAUGGUUGGUCGUGA